AUGGCAUCUGUGUGCCGGGUUGUCGCCCUCAACGAUCACGCCUCGCUCAUCUCCACCUCACACCCGAACGGCGGCGCCAAUCAGCACGACCGGCCCCCGACGCACAACAUCUUCGACAUCUCUGCCCCGCCGAUGCACGACCCGCACCUCACCAGUUCGGCGACCUUGUCCGGCGCGCCCCUUUCCAACUCGCACGCCUUCUCCUUCCCGCAGACGAUCCACAGCCCGCCCGGUCUCGGCGACGUGCCCUCGCUCGGGACCCACCGCCACCGACACCACCCCGGCUCGCUGCACGAUUUCUCCACCUCGGCGUACUUCAACUCGACCCUGCCGGCGCUCAACUCGUCCAUGUGCUUCGACCCGCACCCGCCGCAACCGCAUGAGCAACAGCCGUCCUCACUCGCCCCUCUCCCCGCACGUGCCCCCCGACCGGGCACCGGCGUCCCCUCGGACGCCCGCUCCCGCUCUCGUUCCUGGGCGCCCUCCAGUGGCCCCGGCCCGAUCCGCACGCAGUCCAUAUUCUGCGCCGCGCGCACCUCCUGCACCAAGCGCAACUUGAUCUUCUCGGGCAGCCUUUCCCCGUCCCCCCAGCCCAGCCCGAUCAUCAUCCCCCGCUCCUCCUGGUCCAACCCUCCCCCGGUCGACCUCAACCUCAACCUGACCGGCCUCAACGGUCCAAACGGAGUCAACAGCAUGGACUCGCCACUGCACGGCAAGGCCGGGGGCUGGUACGUGCCCGCGCACACGCCGUCGCAUGCCCACCUGCAGUACAGCCUGCUGACGCCGGACUCGAUCAGCUCCCACAUGUACUUUUUGCAUGGCGGCUUCGCCAACUAUAUCGAGGGGAAGGAUAACACUGCUCUCAAAAUCUUGGAGGAAGAAUCCCAUGCCACCCUUUAA